GCACCGGUCAUCCAACUUCAGCAAUACCAUCUCCAGUGCCAUCCUUGAAUCCCAAUAUGACAACCAGGUAUGUGAAUCGUCCGAUUCCUCGCAUCUCUUUGCGGGACUUCGACCAGCGCAUCGACCAAAUCACCGCCGAGCUGGUCGACGCGGCCGAGAACGUCGGCUUCUUCACCCUCGUCGACCAUGGCAUCGCCAACGAGGAAAUCGAGAACAUGUUUUCUACCGCAGAGCAUUUCUUCUCCCUUCCCGAUGACAUCAAGGCCACAGUUCCAUGGAACGCAAACAACGUUGGGUGGGAGAAGAAAGCCCAAAUUCGGCCCUCAACCGGCCAGCCCGACACCAAGGAGUCCUAUCAGCUACAGUUCGGCGAAAACAUGGUCGGACUGUGGAUGGACGAUACACAUCUCCCGGGCUUCAAAGCCAUCUCGCUAUCAUUUAUGCAUCGCGUCCAGGAAGUCUCUGAGCGACUCAUGCGCUGCUUCGCCCGCGGGCUCGGUUUCGACGACCGCUUUUUCAUCGAAUGCCACGACAUAUCACGACCCAACGAACAGACCACCAUGCGACUGUUGCACUAUUACGCCUUGCCCAGCCAGACACAUGGAAAGACCUACCACCGUGCUGGAGCACACGCGGAUUGGGACUUUCUCACCCUCCUUUUCCAAAAAGAAGGGCAGGGCGGGCUGGAGAUCUGUCCGGGGAGGGAGGUCGUCACGGAAUUCGGGAUUGGGGACGAAUGGACGCGCGUGGAGGCACACACUGGGGAUAUCGUCUGUAACAUCGGGGACCUGCUCAUGUCAUGGUCGGAUGACCGGUUCAAGUCAACGUUCCAUCGCGUCAAGGCGCCGUCGGAGCCAGGGGAUUACUUCGGGGAUCGGUACAGCAUUGCAUAUUUUAAUCAGCCAUGUAAGGAUGCCUUGAUCCAGGGGCCUCUGAAAAAGUACCCGUUGGUGACAGGGGAGGAAUUUAACGCGAACGCGAUGAAGCGAAACUUUUCAGCGUUGCAGGAAAAGCUAAAGCUGAUGGAACAGGCUGUGUGAUAUUUUUCCAUUGAUGUGCAUUAGUAGGGCAGUUAAUUAAAUCGAUGUGGACUCGUAACUCAAGC